CACUUGUAUAGACCACGCGAAGAUUGGCUUCGUUGCCGAGAGUGCGUGUAUUGAAUGCUUGAGAUGCGGGAUUUUCCGGAUUUAACGGGUUUCUUCCGACUAUUAAAUAGAACUGCGCCGGUAGCGUAUUUAUCCAAUUCUUGUACGUGGCUUGGAGGGUAAAAACGUAGAAAAGAUGUGAUUUUAUAAGGUCUUGUAAAUGACCGAGUCGGUCAACUGUCCAGCAGGUAAAAUGACUCCAACCGACGCUGUCACUCCACUAGCUACAUAGGCUUGUACCUUAUUUGGUCGUAAUUACAUAUUAUCACCUUACGGUAACUAUUAACAGCCGUUUUAGCGUACGGUGAAAUUUAGAAUUCCCUAUAUCACUUAGUGGUUCUAAAUUUCACCGAACAUCGCUUAAACGGCCCCAAAUGCGUUCUAAAUCUCUUAAACGUGGAAAUAAUAGUCGGCUACAAGUACUCUAUCACGUUGGAUUGAAUUUAUUACAUUUUUAUGGCUAAAUACAAGGAUAAACAUAACGAGUCGCAUGCAAACCGGUAGUUCAAAAAUACUGCUGCCUCUGUGAUUGCUACGGAGUGACGUCAUAUUGCUGUCAUCGUACUGGAUUUGCGGUUUGAUAUUGGCACCAUAGGCGUUGGUAAACAAAACACUUGUAUCUUUGAGUCUGGUAAGUAUGAUAAGCAUUGCCUAGUUGAGGAUUUAACAUAUGCGACAAAACUUAAUAAAGAAGCGAGCGCAAUUUAUGAUACUUCGCCGGAAGAGCGUGAUAGCGUAGCUCACAUAUCACCGAAAAUCCUAGUCUCCUACGCUCUGCGUGACUCCGACGGGCGGCUGCAAAGGAGACUACGAAAAUCCAAGCUCCAAAACAAAUUAGAGGUAAAGUCUAGGCGCCUGGAGGUGGAUACAAUUUUGUAGGAUUUAUCUAUAUGGAGGAGUUUGUUUUUUAAUUUGACACGAGAGCACAUGCUUUUGGUUGCUGCCGCUUCUGUCGUAUUUGUCGUAUCAAUUUGCCCACCGACUGCGCAGACACAACUCAAUGCAACUCAUACAACUACUGGUUUCCAUAUGUCGUAUCAGUCGCUCCUACUUUAUCUGUUUACGGAGAAACAUGGCGGCAAUAAAUGAACGAGAAAGGCGUUUUGGCUUGUUAUCUACUUUAACGGGCUGUUCAACAAAGGAAAAGGGACAGAGGAGAACGCAGAACACGCAGAUUUCGGGAAGAGAGAAGAAGAGAGGAGCUUAGGCUGUUAAUGUCCUUGUAUUUUCGUUCCGCCUCGUCGGCAGAUAUGUGGAAUUAAUCGGUCAACUUCUUCCAGCAAUUUUCUCUAUGUUGUCUUUGAAAAAUUUGUGAUAGAGGCAUUCGAAUCGCUGCAGAGCUUCCAUGAACAGCGACACAGAGAACGCAUGUGUUUCUACCUUCGCCGCCAUGUUGGAAACGAAGUGCAUUGUGCUAAGAAUCGAAAUAAAGAUGUUACGAUCAUCACCACUGAGCUUGGGCCUAUUGACAUGUCAGGAUACCUGUGCGCAUGUCGAAUUAAAUAAUGUGAACAAAGACCCUGUCUUGCAAUCAGCCGUCAAAACAAGUCAAGCUCCUCCCAAGAGAGUUGCUGUCGUGGGUGCGGGGAUGGCUGGAUUUGCUGUCACAGUUGCUCUGGAGGAGAAGGGGUUUGAUGUAGUUCUUCUUGAGGCAUCAGACUACCUUGGUGGUCGAGUCAGGACAGUCAAGCCUUUUAAGGGAUUCCCCCCUGUUGAUCUUGGUGCAGAUUUUAUCCAUGGCUCGGAAAAUGUCAUUCAUGAUUUAGCACAUGAAAACAACUGGAAAAUAAAUGAGGGCUACGACGUAUCUAGCGACCCGUUUGAGUCUACACUUUACCACAACGGCGGACAGCGUCUCCUUCAUGGAACUGACCCAGAUAUCAGAAAAAUGCUCGAGGCUGAGGAACAGAUAACAAAAAUUGGAGAACAAUUAAACCUGGAGAGCACGAAUGGUCAUGAAAGUGUUGACCGAUGUGACAACAAUGCUGAUACGAAAGAAAUUUCUUGCUGUCAAACGAGACAAUGUGGAAUGCGCUGCACAUCUUGGAAUGCACAAGACAUGGAAACAUACACAUUCGAUAGGAUACACCUAUACAAGAAAAUAAAAGAACUAAAACAGAAAUGCAAAGAUGGUGAUGAAUUAAGAGCUGCCAUGCGUAAUCUUGAUAUCAGUCUAGCAACAUGGCUAACUAAACUGGGCGCGACCCGGUCAACGUGGGAUCUCAUGGAGUGUACGGUUGGGCAAAAUUAUGGAGCACCCCUCUCUAAGCUUGGGCUUCUUGGUGUUGCCGAAGAAAAGGGAUGUUGGGGUUAUGGUCCUGGUAACUACAGAUUUGAAGGAUCCUAUGAAGUGCUUGUUUCUCAUUUCCUGAAAAAAUGCCCUAUGACUGAUAUUAGGACCAACUGGCCAGUCAGGCAGAUUACCUGGUCAGGUCAAACUAGCUCGUCACAUGACCAGGAUAUGCAAGUGACUUUGAAAAGUAACAGUGGCGAAAUAAUAUCUGCAAACUAUGUCGUCAUCACAGUCCCUUUGACAAUCCUCAAGGAUGGCGAUAUCAUUUUCUCACCACCACUCCCAAGGGAAAAGGAAUUGGCCAUAGAAAGACUACACAUGAGUACGGCUUUAAAAAUUGUUUGUCGCUUUAAAAAACCCUUUUGGGGUCAGUCUAAGAUUGUUGAUGUGGCACAUGGAUUCAUAAGCCAAAUAUGGACUUAUACACGUGACCAGCACGUGGACGGCGAGGAAUGCCACGUGCUUGUGGGUUUCCAGUCUGCCGAGCAUGCAGCCCAGAAGGUUCACCUAGAGAAGGAGGUCGUCAGGGAUCGUUUCCUGGAGCAGCUUGAUCAAAUUUUUGGUUCCCAUGAAAACCCUCGCCCAGCCUCCCAAUGCUUUAUGAGUUGCGUGUACUACCAUUGGUCCAAACAUCCUUACGUCAGAGGUGGCUACAGUGCAUCCAGCGCGCAUGCGUACGGAAUGCGCAGCGAUCUUGCCAAACCUGUCAGCGGUCGCUUGUUUUUCGCGGGAGAGGCAACUCACGUGACAAACCCCGCUACUGUCCAGGCUGCUAUAGAGACCGGAAGGAGAGCUGCAUCUGAAGUUUUCCAAGUGGCAUCAUCUCCAAGCACAGCGGCAGUGAUGGCCUCGUUAUCUAGAACUUCACUUUGAGAAGCUUGAAAUAGUGCAAGUCUUAGGUGACACACAAGACAUGUUUUUGAAGACCCCAUCACGGUUUAAAGAACCGCGAUAGCUUAGUGGUGUGAUUUUCGCUUAUCAAUACUUUAAUUCAUAUUUCCCAGCGCCAUUUUGAAGAGUAACCCACUCUCUCGUUUGAGAGCGAAGCGGCUGUUGACCACGCACUGAUUUGAUGCGUAUGAUUGGCUUUUUUAAAGUUUAUUCAGUGUUGGAUAUGUGUACGAUAAUUCAUAGCUAAUAUCAUCCACAGAAAAACGAAUGUUCUACAAAACUGACCGUAAAUUCAGUAAAAAGACAGGGUAUCCGGGUCAUUUGAUGUCUGAAGCCUGCGAAUUGGAGUAUUGUCCAUAUAACAAUGAUACGGCUGAACAUGUUUCUAGAGAUUUAAAAGUUUCUUGGGCAAUAAUUUCCAGUGGUGCAACCUCGUACGAAUAUAUUAUGCUUUGUUAUUUUUUGUAUGUGUCAGCUUUCACUGAAAAUCGCUUUGGUUCUCGAGGGAGAAAGGGCAGUCGCUAGACACUAAGGACUAAGGAUAGAACUAGGGAGAGAGAUCCGGGAACUUCAUGUUUUACCCUUCUCCCUCUCAGACCGGUGAAAAAGAUGAUAACAUCUGUCUCACAAAAAGGGGUAUUUAGUUCCCCCAAACAUCUGUCUCACAAAAAGGGGUAUUUAGUUCCCCCAUUUGUCUAAUCUAGCGCAGUUCACCAAUACACAUGACUUUCAUUUCAGUA